AUGGGUGAUAAAAACGAAACAUGGACACCAAGCUACGACAACUGCGAUAAAGUCUCGGAUCGUUGCCCCGUCGAGUACACCAUCUACCAAGACUAUCUCUCCGAACCAGCCUCAGGAUUCUUCGCGAUCGCUUUUGCACUCCUCUUCCUCGCACAGAUAUUUCAGGGGUUUCGGGCUAAAACAUGGUCGUACAUGAUAUGGCUGGGCAUCGGAACAGUCUUUGAAGUCGCUGGUCAUGUUGGACGCUUCGGACUAGGAAGAAAUCCAUGGCAGCAGAAUGUCUUUAUCGUGCAGUACCUAACACUUUUGCUGGCUCCUACACUGGUUGCUGCUGCUAUAUCAGUGACAUUCAAGCAUCUCGUUGUUUGGUACGGGGCAAAAUGGUCUUUCCUCAAGCCCAGGCUAUAUCCUCUCGUCUUUGUCGGUACAGACUUUAUCUCGAUUUUCAUUCAAAUUAUCGGAGGUGGCCUCACAGCUAUGCAAAGUAUGGGCAAAGGAUCUGAGACGACACAGAAACUUGGAGAAGCUCUUGUCAUUGGCGGUGUUGCCUUUCAAGUUGCCAACAUGUUGUGUUGUGGUGGUCUGAUGCUUCUUUACGCUCGACGUCGAAAGCAGGCAAUGAAACAUCGAGACCCGUUGAUGGGAAACGCGGCUGAUAUGUACACAACUGGCAUGCCAACUCGUGGGAGAGUACCGGUUGCUCGAGAGGAGGCUACGCUAAAGGAAGCAAAAAGAGUCAAGUGGUUUAUCUAUGCCCUGGGUAUUGCUUAUACCUGUAUCAUCAUCCGAUGUGCCUACCGUAUCGCCGAAACUGUCCCAGAUAUUGGAGUUGAUGUUCUCCGAAACGAAACACUAUUCAUCGUGUUCGACGCGACAAUGAUGUUGAUAUCCAUCGGUGCUGUGACUAUCCUCCAUCCCUGCUUCUUCUUCCCGUAUUUGGGUCUUAGAAAGAAGCAGAAGAAUCAAAGCAAGGUCUAUGAGGGUUAUAGAAUGGAGAGUAGUUCAGCGUUGGUUGGGCAACAGCAACACCCGCAGCAACAGCAAGGAUAUGCUUGA